CCCAGUGAGCUCAGUUUGUUGCAGAUAUCGAAAUAAAAGCCGAUUAAAAUAGCAAAAGCUGACUGUGAUUGUGCAAAAUUCUGUAAAUUAGAUUGUCGAAAGAAGAGCCCGCUACCUGCUGAAUUUUACAUCAGGUGUAAUCGGAACCUGAAACAAACUGCCGGAAUUAACUCGAAGGAUAAUAAAAAAUGUCUUCAGAAGACUUAACCACUUCGUCGUGGCUAUCUCUGGAUGUGGAUGAGGACAUAAAUGAGACCUCACUUUACUGGGAUCUGCAUAUUUUCACUAUCAUCGAAAUAGUGCGUCUAAUCAUCCGAUUGAGUGCCUUGAUCAGUAAUAUUUAUUUAAUAGUAAUCAUCAUCAGGUUUAUGAAACUUAGGACAACCAUCAACAGGGUGAUUUUCCUCUAUGCUGUUAUUAGUACCGGAUUUUUAACUUCAGGAGUGCUAGUGACUAUCAUAGCGAGAUUCACUUCGGUUGAUUAUUAUACUGAUUGUUUGCUUAUCGGCGUAGAGAAAUUCACAGAAAUUUUGCUGCACUUUGCCUUAACACUUUUAGCAAUUAGCUGGUAUGUCCCAAGCUACCAUCCAGCUCUAAACAACAAAUAUCCCCUCGUUCUUAAAUAUGGUGUCGGAGUGUGUUUCCUAGUAAUUUCGAUUACAGCAACAGGAUUUUCCAUAGUAAACUGCAGCAACCAAAAUGCAAAAUAUUAUCAAAUGUACUUCACUGUCGAGCUGCUCUGUUUUUCCUUAUGCGCUAUUAUACUCAUAGGCCUCACUAUUCUAAAACGUUAUAAAAAACCCGCUUUGGACGCCCUAGAAACAGCCUAUGCCUUCUCAAUUCCUCAUAUAGUAUUUAUUAUAUCUGCUCUGGCUACUCUCUUGAGUGUGCUGGUAUUGCUUAUAGAAUCUCAAGUUUCUACCUAUCAGAAAAUUUUAUUUCGGCUGGUUUAUUUGGAGCAGAUAUCAAGCUGCUUGGAUCUAGCUGAGCCCAUAGUCGUUCUCUACAUUCUAGCAAAGUCGAGUAAGCAUUUUAAAAUCGCCUAUCUCAAAUGCUGCAAGAAAAAUCUGCAAAACUACGAAAAUGAUCUAGACGUGAGUCCAACAACUAACGCAGGUUCGGGAAAUAAUGUUACGUUUCAUAGAACCUCGGAAAAUAUUUGGAUGUAAUUUUAGGAGAUUUAAAGGUAUCAUCAAUUUUAGUUUCAGGUUUAUGUGGCUAAUCCUUUGAUAGAAAAUUUGUUAACAUGAAUUUAAUUUCUAAAUUUAUGCUACAAAAAUAUGUUUUUGGAUCACAAAAUUUUUGUCACCUCAAAAAGAAUGAUAUUUAUGAUAUAACAAGACUGAUUAGAGUUGUAGUUAAUGCAGAAUAUUAAUUUAGCAGUUUAAAGUUAAAUGGAUUUGUUUAUUUUUGCUUUAUUGCAGAAGGUUUCUUGCAACAACCUUAGCUAAUACUAUUAUAAUGUUGAUAGAAAAUAAUUAAUGUGUAAAAUAAAUUGAAUAAAAUCUCUAGAAGUGGAAAUUAACAUCUUA